AUGGCUGUACGGAAAGGGAAGCAGAUUGCCGCCGCACUGGAAGCUCUCAUCCAUGCGAUGGGGUUCAACGGCGGCCGCCAACGGCAGCCAAAGCGCAAGCGCACGCAGCAGAACAGCAAGAGCCUGCAGUGCUACAAUUGCCAGCAGCUGAGGCAUACUGCGCGCGAGUGCAAGAACGCCGUCGCGUGCUUGAAGUGCGCGGCUGCACGAAGCCUCGUGGGGUGGCCAGCAGCUGCGCGAACUGCGGCGGGCCACACGCGGCCAACUCACGCAGCUGCGGCUACCUCAGGGAGUCACGCCGCCUGCCCGCCGCACCACGUCCUGCGGCGGCUUCGAGCGCCACGACUUCCGCCCCGCCGCCCCGGUACCGGCGAGGGGUGCGAGCCGCGCCGCCACCGACCGAGCUAUGGCCGGCUUCCAAGCCGCCUCUGCGGCCGAAAGGGCCGCACUAAAGGAGGAGCUCGCAGCUGUGCAUCGCCAGCUCCAGCAGCUGCGUGA